AUAAAAGGGGUGGCACCCCUCAUUGUAAUGGAUCCGAUUUUUGAAAUCAAUAUACUCCUACUUUGCAUUCUCUCUCUCUAAAACUUCUAUUAUUUCAUACUCUCGGUGGUUUGUAGCCAUCAAAUUGGUGCUUUCAUUGAGAGUAGAGGAACAUACUCGUAGGUUAACUCCCGAACACGAGAAUGGUGCAAACAAGGAGCAACGUCCCCACCACCAGCCACGUUGUUGGCGAGGAGAACGCGCCGGGCAGCGGCAACGGCACGGGAGGUAUCGGCUCGACUCCAGACGCGGUCCAAGCGCUGUUCGGCUUGGGGGUGACUGCGGAGCAGCUCCAGGCAGCCGUUGCGGCACUUUCCGCCAUGGGUGGGAACGUGCCCGGCGCCAGAGUUGGCAAAGCUCCGCCCGGUCUCCAUGCCGAACACGCUGCCACUUCCCAACACAAGGGGAAGAAGACCCGUAGGAGCAAAAGGAGGCCCGGCAAAGCCCCGGUGUUUGAGGAGGUGAUAGUGGAGGACAUUCUCGAAGGAGAAGACGAUGAGUCCAGCGAGUGCCGGGUGUCGGCCUUCAAGCGCUUAGGAGGUGAAGAGACCCGGGUGUCGGCCUUCGACAGGCUCGACCACAGACCGGGAGGUCACCCGGGCAACCUCCGCCGACAAAUAACUGAAGGUAGGCGGAGACAUGCUGAGGAGUCCGCGACCCUGGAUGCACGCUCGGCGAGGCCCGAGCGGAGCGGAGAAAGACGGGACGAGCGCACCCAGCGUCGCCAUAGUCCAACAAGAACUGAGAAGACAAGGACCUCUGACCAAGGGGUAUCUCGGCUCGCUCGUGAGACUGCCGAGCUCAAGCGCCGAGUGGAGACCAGGGCUCCCUACAGCCAGUCCAUCUUGCGGACAGUAACCCCUUUCACUCCGAGGGUUAUGUUGGUUCCGCUUCUGCCAAACUUCCGGCCGUGGCAGAUCAAGGCCUACAACGGAACGACGGACCCCCAAGAUCAUUUGUCUAAGUUCUAUGCUUCUAUGGAAGCGGCGGCAGCCCCGGACGAGGUCAAGUGCCGAUGCUUUCUCGCGACGCUGGAGGGCUCCGCGUGCGAUUGGUUCAACCGGCUCCCGAAGGGAACUAUUGACGAUUGGGAUACGCUAGCACAGAAGUUCUUGACGCAUUUCGCAGCCAACCGGAGGCAGAGGCUACCUUACUCCCACCUGCUCAACAUCUGCAUCCGCAAAGGAGAGAAGAUCCGCGACUUCAUAACCCGGUGGGAGAAGGAAGCAAGAGACGUGCACGGGGCGGAUGACCAAGCGUUGGUGGCCAUGUUCCAAGCAGCCCUUCCUCGUGGUGAGGUGAGGAAGAAGCUCCGCAAGAAUCCUCCCCCCACGUACCAAGAAACCUUGGCGUGCGCUAAGUUCUUGGCCUCGGAGGAAUUCGAUGAUGCCCCUGACUCCAAGGCCGCGCCGACCAAGCGAGCUCCCGCAUAUUCAGAGGAGAUAGCGAAGAAGAUGAAGAAGAAGAAAGACCACACUGUGGGCCCGAGGACGCCCUCGGCGGGUGUGUACUCCGUGGGUGCGCCCGCGGGGACGGGUCGAGAGCUGGCCCUCUCCCCGCUCCCGCACGUAGAGACCUAUGCGGUGUCCAGCGGCGCCAAGUACUGCGAGUAUCACCGCAACAACACUCACAACACUAAGGAAUGCUUCACUCUUCAGAAGGAGAUGCAGCGACUCAUCGCCCGAGGGCCGGCUCUGCGAGACGAUGGAGCAGCCUCUUCCCGGGGUCCACCAGAAGGGAGAACAUGGAGGAAGCCGACCGAGCCGGUCGCGGUGGCCACGCAAGCGAGGAACCCCGAGAAGAGGCACAUUGGGCGAGAGUGUGAUGAUCUAGACAAGGACGAAGCCCAAGGAUAUCCGGCGCCGACGCCCAAGCUCGGAAGACGAGAGCCAAUCCAAUUCACGGAGAAGGAUCUACCGGACACGCCGAGCCCCCACCGGGACGCCUUAGUCGUGAGGAUGGAGAUCAACAACGCCAUAGUGCACCGCACCUUGGUGGACACGGGAAGCUCGGUCAACAUAAUGUAUGAGAAGACCUUUCAAGACCUCGGCUUGGACCGCAAAGAUUUAAGGCUCGUGCGCACUCCUCUCUCCGGGUUCACGGGGGACUCCAUCGAGGCUGAAGGAGUCGUCACCGUGCCCGUGAUAGUAGGGGAUGGUGCGCACAAGUCCAGGUGUAGGAUGGAGUUCAUGGUUGUGAGCAUCAGCUGCGCGCACAACAUGAUCUUAGGACGGCCCGGCCUUGAGGACUUGGAAUGUGUGAUCUCCCCAUACUACUUGUGCAUGAAGUUCCCCACUCCUUCGGGAAUCGGGGUGGCGAGGGGAGACCAAAAGUUAGCUCGAUCAUGCUAUGUCCGAAUCACAAAGAAGUUGCCAAGAGAUGAGACGUUGGUCGUGCACGCACAAGAAGAAAUGCGGAAGCUGGAAGCACGGCCGAAGGCCGAGUCCGCUGAGGAGGUCGAGGAAGUGCCGCUCGACCCUCGGGCACCCGAGCGGAAGGUGAAGGUCGGUGUGAGCCUGACCGGGGGCCAGCGGAAGCGCUUAGUGGACGUGCUCUCCGCCUACCACGUGAUCUUUGCAUGGGGACCCGGGGAUAUGCCGGGGGUAGACCCCAAGUUCAUAUGUCACCGCUUGGCAGUCAACCCGGAGGCUAGGCCGGUGAAGCAGAAGAAGCGGUUCCUCUCAUCCGAGCGGAGGGAGUUUGUUUCCAAGGAGGUGGCCACCCUCCAGAGCAUUGGGCAUAUCAGAGAGCGUCUAACAACCUACUUCCAAGCUCAUCUGGUUCAAGUGCUCUCCCAACAGCCCAUUGGUGCGCUGCUCAGGAGCCCGAACGCGCCCUCGCGCAUGUCCAAGUGGGCGGUGUUCCUUGGAGCUUUCCAGAUCGAAUUCAAGCCAAGGCCAGCGUUCAAGGGCCAAGCGCUAGCUGAUUUCGUGGUGGAGUGCACCGCUCGGGAGGAGCCGAGCCCGGAAGAGCCGGAAGGCGAGGACUGGUGGAUAGUUUUUACCGACGGCUCCUCCGCCGCCAAAAACUCGGGGGGUGGAGUGGUAGUCAUCGCUCCCGAAGGCUUCAGAGCAUACUACUCAAUUCGAUUCGGUUUCAAGGCAUCAAACAAUGAAGCGGAAUAUGAAGCGCUCCUGUGCGGGCUACGCCUAGCAGCCGGGAUGAACGCAACAAAGCUAAGGAUAAAGUGUGAUUCAAAGCUGGUGGUUGGCCACGUCUCAGGAGAGUUUGAGGCGAAGGACGAAAGAAUGAAGAAGUACAGAGAUACCGCUCUAGAGUUGCUUAAGAGUUUCACCGCAUAUAGUGUGGAGCAGAUCCCUCGGGCAGAGAAUGCCGAGGCGGAUAUCUUGUCGAAGCUGAGCUCGGACACGCCCAAGCAUAUCAGGCGGAUGGCGAACGUGGAAGAGUUGUCCGAGCCGAGCAUCCAUGCCUUCCCCGUGGCGAUGAUCUGUGCUCGGCCGAGAGAUUGGAUGGACGACAUAGUUGCCUUCUUGAAGGAUGGCGCCCUCCCGGACGAUGCAGUAAAGGCCAAGUUGGUCCGCAUUAGGGCACCGGGGUACACUUUGGAGGGCGAAAGGCUAUACAAGCGAGCGUACAACGGUACGCUACUCAGGUGCCUCCGGCCAGCUGAAGCGGAGCAAGUCAUGGAGGAGGUGCACGCGGGGAUCUGCUCCGCUCACCAAGGAGCCUAUGCGGUAUCAAGGAAGAUAACCCUCCAAGGAUAUUUUUGGCCAACAAUUGUUAAGGAUUGCGCGGAGUUCGUGAGAAAGUGCAAGGUGUGCCAAGAGUUCCAGAAGGUACCGGGGAGGCCUUCAACAAACUAUACCCCCAUCAGCACAGCUAUCCCGUUCGCGCGGUGGGGGGUGGACCUCGUGGGUGCGCUUCCCAGAGGUACCGGGAACGUGCGAUAUGUCAUUGUAGCCAUCGACUACUUCACCAAGUGGGUGGAGGCGGCCCCGUUGGCGAGCAUCACCGGAGCUCAAUGCCAGAAGUUUCUCGCGAAGCAAGUCAUCUGCCGCUUCGGCGUUCCCGAACAUGUAAUCACAGACAAUGGAACACAAUUCGAAUCUAAGCCCUUUAACGACUUUCUCGAGAGUUGGGGCAUCAAGCACAGCUAUGCGUCGGUUGGGUACCCACAGACGAACGGGCAGGUCGAGAACGCCAACCGGACAAUAGUCGACAGGCUGAAGCGAAAGUUGGAAGCUUGUGGAGGGGAGUGGGCAGAGGAGUUGCCCUACAUAUUAUGGACUUUCUGGACCACGCCCCGAAGGGCGACCGGGGAAACUCCGUUCGCUCUAUGCUACGGAUUUGAGGCAAGGGCACCCGCAGAGAUCUCCAUCGCAACCCACUGGGAGGCGGUCUUUGACCCCGAGCGCAAUGAGGAAGCCCUGAUGGUUUACCGCAGGAAGGUGAAGAGCUACCAUGAUGGGCGCGUGCGCGCGCGGGGGUUUGUUGAAGGAGAUUGGGUACUGUGCAAGAGAACGGUGAGCCGCCCCCUAGAAGGAGGAAAGUUUGCCAAAAAUUACGAAGGCCCGUACAUCAUCAAAGAAGCGGUGGGCCCUUCGACAUUCCGCCUGCAGACGCCGAGCGGAGGGGACGUGCCCAGGACAUGGAAUGCCGAGAACUUGGAGGAAGGUCGAGCGCAGACCAUACCCGGAUGUUCUUCCCGGAUGAAGGUCAAACCCUUGUGCUUGGCUUUCCUCCUCAGGAGGAGGGCCGAGCGCAGACCAUACCCGGAUGUUCUUCCCGGAUGGAGGUCAAACACUCGUGCUCGGCAUUCCUCCUCAAGAGGGAGACCGAGCGCAGACCAUACCCGGAUGUUCUUCCCGGAUGAAAGUCAAACCCUUGCGCUUGGCGUUCCUCCGCAGGAGAGGCCGAGCGCAGACCAUACCCGGAUGUUCUUCCCGGAUGGAGGUCAAACACUCGUGCUCGGCAUUCCUCCUAAAGAGGGAGGCCGAGCGCAGACCAUACCCGGAUGUUCUUCCCGGAUGAAGGUCAAACAUUUGCGCUCGGCACUUCUCCUCGGGAGGAAAGCCGAGCGUUGGCCAUGCCCGGAUGUUCUUCCCGGAUGGAGGGGAGAGUACAUGGCGCAAACAUCAAAGAACGGACCAGUGGGCAAAGGCACCAAGGCCAAGGCGUUUGGUCGGAGCACCUCGCCGAGAAGGCGAGCCCGCGCUCGUCCUCGUUUGGGCGACGAGGCGAGGCUAACACGCCUAGGCGGGCUAAAUGUGGGCGUGGCCCUGUAUGGGCAAGCGCAAGCACCCCGGCAACGGCCGUUCGGCCUCCAAAACAAUCGCGGAAAUACAAUUAAAAGACAAAGCAAAACGAUAAAGGCAUCACAAACCACGAAGAGUCAAGGGUGAUAGUUGCGCGGUGAAAAAUACAU